UAUCGACCGUUUACGUUAGGUGUUUAUAAUGUAAACAGUCAAAUUGGGUCAUGAGUUUAACUGAUAACGACGAUAUAGAAUCUGAAGACUACGAGAUGUCAACCAGUCUAGAAUCGGCUCCUCUGUUGAACACUUCUCCAGCUAUGGCAGAGCGUGAGGCUAAAUACGUGUCUAGUGAGGACACGGUGACUGUCAACAAAACGUCAACAAACUCCGCUGAACAAGAGGAGAUAAAAGCAUCGGGUUUUCUCUAUGUUCUUUCAUUUUUCGCUGCUAUUGGUGGUUUUUUAUUCGGAUAUGACACUGGUGUGGUCUCUGGUGCGAUGCUGCUGCUGAAAGAACAAUUCCAGUUGACGUCUUUAUGGGAAGAAAUUAUUGUCAGUGCUACGAUUCUAUUUGCUGCCAUUUUCGCAUUAGUCGGUGGGUUUCUAAAUGACUUUUUCGGAAGGAAAUUUACAACUAUUUGCGCAAGUGCUGUGUUCACGGCAGGAGCUGUCAUCUUGGGAUUUGCAAAAAAUAUUAGCAUGCUCGUUAUUGGAAGAAGUAUACUUGGGAUCGGAAUAGGCUUAGCAUCAAUGACAGUACCAAUUUAUAUAGCAGAAUGUGCCCCUCCUCAAAUGAGGGGUCGACUGGUGACUCUUAACAAUUUGUUUAUCACUGGGGGACAGUUCAUAGCAAGCGUUGUCGACGGGGGAUUCAGCUACGACAGAGUCAAUGGUUGGAGAUGGAUGUUGGGAUUGGCCGGAAUCCCCUCUACAAUACAGUUCAUAGGAUUCCUGUUUCUUCCGGAGAGUCCGAGAUGGCUUGUUAAGAAAAAGAAAGUAGAGGAUGCUAGGAAGGUUCUCCAAUUUAUCCGUGGCAGUAAAGAUGUGGAUCAGGAGAUCAGGUCUAUACAACAAAGCUGUGAGGAGGACGAGAAAAUCGCACGUGUUCAAGGAAACAAAUUUAUUUUGGUGAAAAUUUUCAAGAACCGAGCAGUAAGAAAGGCUGUCAUUGUGGGAUGUGGUCUACAGUUGUUUCAGCAGCUCAGCGGAAUCAACACUGUAAUGUACUACAGUGCCACUAUAGUAAAAAUGACAGGUGUACGUGACGAAUCAACAGCAAUCUGGAUUGCAGCAGGUACAGCUGGGGUUAACUUCAUUUUUACCCUGGUGGGUCUCUGGCUGGUGGAGAGAAUUGGGCGACGCCCACUCAUUAUUGGGAGUUUAGUUGGUGUAUUACUCAGUUUGGCAUUGCUGGCUGUCGGAUUCCAACUGAUGGCCUUUAACUCGCCUCCAAUCUCUGUACACAGCAAUUACAGUUCCUCAUCACCAUGCUUCUCCUACAAUUGGUGUGAAGCAUGUAUAGAAGACAAGAAGUGUGGUUAUUGCUACACAGAGGUUGGAAAAUCUGCUGUGAAUGGAUCAUGUUUACCGAAGUCAUCUGAUGAUACGAGCAGCUCCCUGAUGGGUCCCUGUAACAGUACAUCCCCCCCUCCGGACACAGUCUGGGCCGAGGGUUACUGUCCCACAGACUACUCUUGGAUGGGAAUUCUGGGUCUUGUCCUAUAUCUCAUGUUCUUUGCUCCAGGGAUGGGUCCAAUGCCGUGGACAAUAAAUUCAGAAAUAUAUCCACUGUGGGCUAGAAGUGCUGGUGGCUCCCUCGCCACAGCAACCAACUGGACCUUUAAUUUAGUAGUUUCAAUGUCUUUCCUGACACUGACAGAGACACUCACGAAAUAUGGAACGUAUUGGUUAUUUGUGGGCAUAGUUUUACUCGGCCUGAUAUUUAUGAUUAUCACCGUGCCUGAAACCAAAGGCAAACGUCUAGAAGAAGUUGAAGACCUUUUUGAAGAACCUUGGUGCACCAGAUGUUCAGGUGGUUCAGGGAAGAUAACUGUGAAAGACUGAUGAUUGGAGAAAAAGAAGAGUCCAUAUUUUUUUAUUGUCUCUAAGGAAUAACAUUGCUCAAGUGAUACUGACACCUGUAAAGGCAACAUAUCAGGAUAAAUUUAUCAUGUGUCAGUGACAGGCAGCAUACGGGUGUGGUUCCUGAAAGAUCUUUGAUAAAACUUGCCUUUUAAUAUAUCGUGCUCAAUUCUAAUGCCUUAUAUCAACACUCGGGAUAGUUUGUGCAUUUCUAUUGAAGGAUAUAGCAAUCUUAUAGGUAUUAUAUCUAAAGUCCCUCACUCAAAUGUGGUUCACAACAUAAUUCCAACAUAUUUAAAACAUUAUGAUUAUAAUAAUCGUAACAUAAUUGAACAAUAAAUGUAUCGUAUGUUAUUCACAGGGUAUGUUCCAAUACACCAUCAUUCCGUGAAAGUCCGAACAAAUUCUAGUGACAUUGAUGUGUUUAUACAUUGAAUUAUUUGUGUGUCCUUAAGCAAUACAUGUAUAAAGGAUAUAUUAUCCUGGUUGAUUGCAGAACAAAAGGAAACAUUCCACAAUGAUAUAUAUUAUAUAUUUGGUGCUAGUUCACGAUAUCUAUAUUUAUUUAUUCUAUUUUCACAAAGUCUAGAGUGUAUAUGUUUUAUAAUACAAAUGUAGUCAGAUAAUUAAGAUUGUUGAUCAUACAUACAUGCAAUAUUUUUGACAAUUUUUAUGAUGCAUGAUUAUUUAAAUCCAAAUGUCUAUGUACUCUUUUUACCUGUGUAGCAGGUUGUUCUAGCGAGUGUAAAAUUUAGUGUUUUAACAUCAUAAUUCAAGGGUUAAAUUGUAGGGGGUUUCAUUCAGGUAAUAGUCCUACUGCAAAAUUCUAAUGUAAGUAGUUUAAACUUACUGUAUGGUAAUUUAUUCUCAUGGUUAGAGGUUGUGCAUUAUGUUUUGACAUAGAAAAGGGGGGAUAGAGCUAACACCAGCUGUUAUUACUCCUAUAACAUAAGAGGCCACUGGUCGGCCCUUUUUCUAUCGGAUAUGAUUUUGCUGACUGCGACACGGCGCCUGUUAAAAGUAUCUCGCUGUGUAAAACCUCUAACAUUGUUGGAAUACAGUUGUUAUCAGAGGUGUAUAAAGGGUUCCUUGUCCUCUAAUCUGGAUACUGUUAGGUUAGUGUGAUUGAUAGAAAAGAGAACUAGGUAAGUAGAGGUUAAUCACCAUAGGUGUAGAGGCCAGGUUCAUCAAUAUACAAAAUGUAUUGUCAUUUGAUCGGUUUUGCAUGCCCUACUUCAGGCUUCGUCAGAUUGACUCUUCAUCUGUUGUGAAUGACCUCUUCUUACCGUUUUCUGAUACAGAGGUGUGUACCAAAUAUAACUGAAUCAACUCAAGAAUAUUCUAUAUGUAAGAUUAAUUUUGGUGAGUUAAAUUGAAGCGAUGCUAAUAUUUAGCAGUGCAUAUUUUAGCAUUUUAAAACUGAUUGCUAAAUUAACUAAAAUUUGCACCUCACUAAAAUACCCUGCUAUACAGUAUUCUGCAAAAAGCUUCAGAUGGCCAACACUUAAAUCAAAGGUCAGAGGUUGGGCUAUAAACAACCAAUGAAAUAACACAUCUUGGUAAAGUUACCAAAAUGUAUUGGUGUGGGUAGGUAUCCUACAUGGCAUGGGGUUUUGUUGGAUAAAUUUGGUAAUAUAAUGAUUUUAUAUCUCUGUCCUGAUGAUGAUUGAGUGUGAUCCAUUUAAUGUAAAAAGUACUUUAUAUUUAUGCAUUAUAGAACUUUAUUUUUUAAUACCACUGUAUGUGUUUCAAUUCUCUGGCAGUUUCAAUAACUGUUAAUGAGGUAUGUGUCACAUGAAAAAAUAAUAGAGUUACUUCCACUUGCAUUACAUAUUCAUUCAUUGAAGUAAUGGAAGAACAUUUCUAUUUCUCACAAAAUAAUUCACUUAUACUAUUUACCCUAAUUUCCUGCUUAUUUUUGGACACCGAUAUGGUGGAUUGUCCAUGGCUAACAUGUUGAAUUUAAUUCUAAAAAAGUGACAAUUGAUAUAUUUUUGGCAAUUAUUAUAUUGAGGUCCGAAUGACUUGUAUUGAUAAUUAACAGGUAAACUGUUGUAAAUAUGGCAUGCCAAUCAUCUAAAUAUUAAUUAAAGAGAUAAAAAUUUGAAAUAAUGUCAUAUUCACAUUAACUUUCUAAGGUAUAAAAAUCAACAGGUAGACUUAUUUAAUUCUAUGCAGAAGAAAACAGAUAGCCCUCAAAAGGCAUCUCUAGACAUAAACAUGGAGUUUGAGCAGAAAAUUAUGAUACAUGAAAAGAAUUCUUCAUUAAGUAUUUUUAUAUGCACCAUUAAGAUAUUUUUUAUACAAUUUAAUUCCAAAAUAAGACAAUUUAUAUUUGGAAAAACAGAGAUAAGAUCUUGAGCUGAACAUUUUAAUGUGAGAUCGCUAUUAAAGCCUCUUGGCCCGAGGUGAAAAUAGCACUACAUGUAUUAUUUAUUUAAGCUGUAUAGUGCAAUUUUCACCUUGGGCUGAGGAUGGUCUGCCUUUUGAUCAAUCUAGACUAGAACAUACCAUUGUUUUUUUAAUGAACAAUUAUUUAUUUAAUUGUCAGUGUGAUAAUAUGAAUUAAGUUACAAUUUUAAUAAAACUAUCGUUUUGCAUCAGCUCAUAUAUUUCAUCAAAAUUAAGAAUUAUGGAAACAGCUCGUUAGCAUCAUAGCCAUUUUUUUGUAGGUAAAACCCCAUUUGAUCAAAUAUCACUUUCUAGACAUAUAAAAUAUAUUUUUCCACAAACGGUUUUUGCCGAUGGUCAUGAUGCUUUUGAAACAUGAUCAUCAAACUUGCUUCCUUCUUUCAUUACUUUGGUGAAAUAUGAUGAUUUUUUUUCUGCAUUGACAUGUGAUGAAAUACCUUGUGUGUUACAAAUAAUCUAUAAAUGAAGAAUCAUAAACUGUGUAUCUAAGAUAUGUUAUUUAUAAAAGGAGCUAAGAAUUACAUGCUCAUUUCCAUGUAGAUCUAAUAUGGAAAUGAGUUUUAAGCCCUUUUUUUCCUCACACAAGACACCAAACAAAAUGUUAAGGAAUCAUAUUUUUCUGUAGGGUCCAAAAUAUAACUUUUGUUGAAUUCAUGUCAUUUAUACUUACCACAGCAUCACAAUGUUAACAUUUAAUGUCUAUUUUUAACAAUACAACAUCAAAAUGUUAUAACGUCAUGUCUAUUUUAACAAUACAACAUCAUAUGUUAUGACAUCAUGUCUAUUUUAAACAAAACAUCACAAUGUUAUGACGUCAUGUCUAUUUUAACAAUACAACAUCAUAUGUUAUGACAUCAUCUCUAUUUUUAACAAAACAUCACAAUGUUAUGACGUCAUGUCUAUUUUAACAAUACAACAUCACAAUGUUAUGACAUCAUGUCUAUUUUAACAAUACAACAUCAUCUGUUAUGACAUCAUGUCUAUUUUAACAAUACAACAUCAUCUGUUAUGACAUCAUGUCUAUUUUAACAAUACAACAUCACAAUGUUAUGACAUCAUGUCUAUUUUAACAAUACAACGUCAUAUGUUAUGACAUCAUGUCUAUUUUAACAAUACAACAUCACAAUGUUAUGACGUCGUGUCUAUUUUAACAAUACAGCAUCAAAAUGUUAUAACGUCAUGUCUAUUUUAACAAUACAACAUCAUAUGUUAUGACAUCAUGUCUAUUUUAAACAAAACAUCACAAUGUUAUGACGUCAUGUCUAUUUUAACAAUACAACAUCAUAUGUUAUGACAUCAUCUCUAUUUUUAACAAAACAUCACAAUGUUAUGACGUCAUGUCUAUUUUAACAAUGCAACAUCAUAUGCUAUGACGUCAUGUCUAUUUUAACAAUACAACAUCAUAUGUUAUGACAUCAUGUCUAUUUUUAACAAAACAUCACGAUGUUAUGACGUCAUGUCUAUUUUAACAAUACAACAUCACAAUGUUAUGACAUCAUGUCUAUUUUAACAAUACAACAUCAUCUGU